ACUUAAUAGAAAGGUGUAUAACGCGGUCUUGUAGUAAAACCUGCAGCCGGUUUUUUUCAAAGACGAAAUCCAUCUUUCGCGAGUGUGUGUGCCCGCGUUUUGUGAAGUUUAUUUUGUGUUUUAUCCGUAUAUAUAAUAUUUUGUUUUAAUCGAUACUAUUUUGGUGCUUUUUGAUUCAUUUGUUUUGCGCGAUUUGUUGCUUAAUUGAAUGAGAUUUUGGAUGAAGUGACAGUGACUGUGUUCGCGUAUCAAUGCGUUUAUUAUAGUGUUGUUGGUUAUUUGGAUUUUUCCCCUGUAAACUGUGCCAUAGGAGCUCUGUGGAAUGCUCCUUCGACGACACGCGCCGGCCUUGCUGGUCCUGCUAGUCGCACACAUUUCACAAUGUUUAUCACAGAUUCCACAAAAUAACUUAUUUACCUGUCCAGUGGGAUGGGAACUAAAAGGCUUACACUGUUACAAAUUUUUUAGUAUAAGGCAUUCGUGGGAGAGUGCAGCUCAACUUUGUAAUAGAUAUGGUAGUGAUUUAGUAUUAAUCGAGUCAUAUGCAGAAAAUAAUUACACUGCGAAUUUUGUUACCCGAAAUCUGGGACCUGCGGAGAGAAAAGGUCAAAAUUAUUGGUUGGGAUUGAUGUCACUAGAUGAUCUCAGAACUAAUACACUCGAAUCCGCCGGCGGUAUAUUAGUUUCGCAGUAUUCAGGUUUUUGGUCGUUAUCGCAACCGGAUUCUGCAUCGGGAGAAUGUGUAGAUGUGAAUUUACACGAUGAAGCUCAGUCAUGGCAGUUGCAAACUUGUGAAACGUUAUUACCAUUUCUUUGCAGAACUUCAGCUUGUCCGACUGGCUCGUUUCAUUGCUCGAAUGGAAAAUGUAUCAAUUCGGAAUUCAAAUGUGAUAAACAAAAUGACUGCGGAGAUUGGUCGGAUGAACUGGACUGUCCAUCUUUAUGCCAUUACUACAUGGCUAGUAGUGGCGAUGUUUUGGAAUCGUCCAACUAUCCUCAUAAAUACGAAUCUCUUUCAAAUUGUAAAUGGACUUUGGAAGGACCUCAAGGGCAUAACAUCUUCCUCCAGUUCCAAGAAUUCGAAACAGAAAAAUCCUUCGAUACGGUACAGAUUUUGGUCGGUGGCCGGACCGAAGAUAAAGCUGUCAACUUGGCAACAUUAUCAGGAAAAUUGGAUCUUAGCAAUAAACGCUUCGUUUCCGCUUCUAAUUUCAUGAUUGUUAAAUUCAGCUCGGAUGCAUCAGUAGAACGGAAAGGUUUUAGAGCUUCUUGGAAAACCGAACCUCAAACAUGUGGAGGAAAUUUAAGAGCUACUACUCAACCUCAAACGUUAACUUCUCCUGGUUACCCACAAAAUUAUCCUGGUGGAUUAGAAUGUUUGUAUACGAUAUCAGCUCAACCUGGAAGAAUUAUCACGUUGGAAAUCGAAGAUAUUAAUUUAGUUCACGAACGCGACUACAUUCUUGUCAGAGAUGGAAGUCAUCCGAAAAGUCCGCUCUUACAAACUUUAACCGGAAGCAAGAAAACUAAUCCUAGAAUUGUAAUGUCGACCGGUAACGAGUUGUACAUGUACUUUAAAACUAGCUUGGGCGAAUCUCAAAAAGGUUUCAAAAUCAAGUACUCUCAAGGUUGCAGAGCAACGAUAACCGAAGUCAACGGAACCCUGUCUUCUCCAGCUUUCGGUUUAUCUAAUUAUCCGAGCAAUUUAGACUGCCUGAUUCGAAUCAAGAACCCAACUUCGGGACCACUUUCGUUGAAAUUCGAUUCAAUGAGUGUUCACGGAUCGGACAUGGUGCAAAUUUACGACGGAGGAAGUACCAGUGGAUUACGUCUGCAUCCUAAUGAAGGAUUCACCGGAAAUGCCGCGCCGAAAAUCACUGUUACUGCUUCUAGCGGUGAAAUGCUCGUACGAUUUAUUACAGACGCGUUACAUAGCGGAAAAGGCUGGCAUGCUACUUUUUCAGCAGAUUGCCCAGUUUUACGAUCUGGAGAGGGAGCUUUGGCUUCGAACAGAGAUACCGCUUUUGGCACCGUUGUGACCUACACCUGUUCUGUUGGCCAAGAAUUUGCGACUGGAAAAUCGAAAAUUGUUACCGAAUGUCAAAUGGGUGGUAACUGGUCUGAGACUUAUAUUCCGAGAUGUCAAGAGGUUUACUGCGGUCCAGUUCCACAAAUCGACAACGGAUUUUCUAUCGGAGCUACUAAUGUUACUUACAAAGGUGUCGCUUAUUAUCAGUGUUACGCUGGAUUCGGUUUUUCAUCAGGUCAACGCAGUGAGAAAAUCACUUGUUUGGCUGAUGGAAAAUGGGAAAGAUUGCCAUCCUGUCAAGCUUCGCAAUGCCCUCCUUUAAUGGAAACACCACAUUCGAACACCACUAUUUUGAACGGAGGUGGACGUAGCUACGGUACUAUUGUACGAUUUGAAUGCGAACCAGGAUACGUUCGUAAUGGCGCACCUGUUGUGUUAUGUAUGAGCAAUGGCACAUGGUCCAGUGCUGUACCAACAUGUACUCGAGCCGAAUGUCCCAAAUUACCAGAAAUUAACAACGGUUUCAUUAUUGAUUCAACGAGACAGUAUCUUUUCGGUGACGAAGCCAGAGUCCAGUGUCAGAGGGGCUUCAAGCUUACCGGAGGAUCAUCCAUCAUAAAAUGCGGACCUAAUCAGAAAUUCUUGAAUGUACCUAAAUGCGAAGAUGUGAACGAAUGCGCCACCAGCCAAUGCGACUCGGCCUCUACCGAUUGUAUCAAUACCAGUGGUGGAUUUUACUGUAAAUGUCGAGGUGGAUUUGCUCCGAAUUUGGAAUGCAGACCGAUUGGUGACUUGGGUUUGAUAUCUGGUGGUAUUCCGGAUGAUUCCAUCACCGUUUCUAGUUCCGAACAAGGAUUUACCAAGGAAACUGUUCGUCUCAGCAGUAUGCGUGGUUGGUGUGGUGCAAAUCCUGAACCUGGAUCAAACUGGGUUAUGUUUGAUUUGAAAGCACCUACGAUUGUUCGAGGUUUCAGAACUCAAGGUGUUUUAAGAGCUGCGAGCAAAUUUGCUUUCACAACAGCGAUUAGAAUUCAAUAUUCGAACAAUUUAACCGACGUUUUCAAAGAUUACACGAAUCCUGAUGGUACUCCAGUCGAAUUCAGGAUACUUGAACCAACUUUAUCGAUUUUAAAUUUACCCAUACCUAUCGAAACUCAAUACAUCAAAUUCAGAAUUCAAGAUUUCGCUGGUGCUCCUUGCAUUCGACUCGAAAUUAUGGGAUGCACAAAACUAGAAUGUAUGGAUAUAAAUGAAUGUGCCACACGUAACGGAGGAUGUGAUCAAAAGUGUAGUAACAGUCCUGGAAACUUCUCGUGCGCUUGCAACGUCGGCUACGAGUUAUACACUAGAAAUGGAACCGCAGGUUUCUUCGUUGAUGAUUCUGAAGAUGGAAAUCGCGACGGUGACGUUUAUCAAUUAAAUAAAACUUGUGUUCCUGUAAUGUGUCCGAAAUUAGAAACCCCAGAACAUGGAAAAAUUCUUUCAACUAAGGAUUUAUACCAUUUCGGUGAUCUAGUCAAUUUCCAAUGUAACUUCGGCUAUAUAAUGCAUGGUCCUUCUUCCUUAAUGUGUACCUCUACUGGAGCUUGGAAUGGAACAGUUCCUCAGUGCCAACAUGCUAAAUGCGUUUCUUUACCGGAUGAUAAAUCAGAAGGCUUGGUAGUCUUAAGAUCGAAUCCAGACACAGUCUUGGUAUCGUUUAAAGAAAACGUCACUUUGAAAUGUAACGGUACUGGAAGGAAAUUGCGAAGCACAGCUAUGUCUGGAAGCAGACAAUGUGUCUACGAUCCGAAACCAGGUUUACCCGAAUACUGGCUUUCUGGUGCAUUACCAGCAUGUCAAAAAAUCGAUUGUGGCCCUCCUUUGCCGACUCCUGGUGCUGUAUACGGAGACUUGAAGAGCACCAAAUAUUUUUCUUCGUUCUUUUUCGGAUGUCAAGAUACUUUUAGAUUGGCUGGUCAGACUGAAAGAAAUGAUAAUGUAGUUCGUUGCGAUGCGAAUGGUAUUUGGGAUUUCGGAGAUUUGAGAUGCGAGGGACCAGUUUGUGAAGAUCCUGGCAGACCUGUCGAUGGUUUUCAGUCGGCUGAUAGUUACGAGCAGGGAUCAGAAGUUCAAUUUGGUUGUAGCAAACCGGGCUAUAUUUUGAUUAAUCCGAGACCUAUAACUUGUAUUCGAGAACCCGAAUGUAAAGUUAUCAAACCUCUUGGUAUCACUUCUGGCAGGAUACCGGAUUCUGCUAUCAAUGCUACCUCGGAAAGACCGAAUUAUGAAGCCAGAAAUAUAAGACUGAAUUCUGUUACUGGAUGGUGCGGAAAGCAAGAAGCUUUCACAUACGUUAGUGUAGAUUUAGGCCAUGUUUAUCGAAUUAAAGCUAUUUUAGUCAAAGGAGUAGUUACCAAUGAUAUAGUAGGACGUCCAACAGAAAUUAGAUUCUUCUACAAACAAGCUGAAAACGAAAACUUCGUCGUUUACUUCCCCAACUUCAACUUGACCAUGAGAGAUCCUGGUAAUUAUGGAGAACUCGCAAUGAUCACGUUACCAAAAUACGUCCAAGCUCGAUUCGUCAUUCUUGGAAUUGUCAGCUAUAUGGAUAACGCUUGUUUGAAAUUCGAACUUAUGGGUUGUGAAGAUCCUAAACCCGAACGUGUCCCAUUAUUGGGUUACGAUUACGGAUAUUCGCCUUGUGUUGAUAACGAAGCUCCAGUGUUCCAAGAUUGUCCUCAACAACCAGUCAUUGUUAGAAAAGGUCCUCGAGGAAUCGAACCAGUCAAUAUGACCGAACCGACAGCAAUUGAUAAUAGUGGCGGUAUCGCUCGUUUGGAUAUCAAACCUCAAUCCUUCAAAAUACCACAUGUUACUUUCCACGACAUGGUUGUCAAAUACACCGCUUUCGAUUUCGAUGGAAAUGUCGCCAUUUGCGAAUUUAAUAUAACUGUUGUUGAUGAAACACCUCCUCAACUCAACUGUCCUCAAAGUUACGUUAUCGAAUUAGUCGACAAACAAGACAGCUACGAUGUGAACUUCACUGAAACCAGAAGUAGAAUUAAUGUUAGCGACGCUUCCGGCGAAGUAUUUAUUACCUAUAGUCCCGAACGAUCGACUAUUCGAAUCGGUGAUUUUGAAAAUGUUACUGUUACUGCUAUGGAUAAAUUUGGAAACAAAGCCACGUGUUAUUUCCAAGUUUCGGUUCAAGCCACAUCUUGUGUUGAUUGGGAAUUGACACCUCCUACAAAUGGUGCUUUGAACUGCUUCCCCGGUGAUAAAGAAUUGCAAUGUAUUGCAGCCUGUAAUAAAGGAUUUAGAUUUACUGAUGGCGAGUCAUCCAAAACUUUCACUUGCGAGCAGAAGAAUUUGUGGUCUCCUUCAUCAGUGGUACCGGAUUGUGUUUCUGAAGAUACUCAACAAGCUGAAUACCAUUUCGUUCCCAGCAUAACUUACCGUGCAAAUGGUGCUGUUGGUUCCUCGUGUUUGAGACAUUAUGUCGAUUUAAUGAGCCAAUAUCACGAAGUGUUGAAUAAUGUGUUGACUCAGAGAUGUUCGGCUGUCAAUAUCAACAUGAACGUGUCAUUUUUGGAUUCCAAACCAUCUCUUCUUGAUGAUAACGUAGUUCAAAUCGAUUACAUUUUGGGAGUCUUACCAGCGGUAAGGCAACCUCAACUGUACGACUUAUGUGGAUCAACUUUGAACCUCAUCUUUGAUUUGAGCGUUCCUCAUGCCAGUGCUGCCAUUGAACCUUUACUGAAUGUAUCUGGUAUUGGAAAUCAAUGUCCUCCUUUGAAAGCUUUACGUUCCACUAUCGCUCGUGGCUUCUCUUGUAAUGUCGGCGAAGUAUUAAACAUGGAUCCCAAUCAAGUGCCAAGAUGCUUACAUUGCCCUGCUGGUACUUCUGCUGGUUUGAAUCAGAAAUCUUGUACGUUAUGUCCUCGUGGAUUUUAUCAAGAUAGAGAUCGUCAAGGAAGUUGUCUGCGUUGUCCACAAGGAACUUAUACCAGAGAAGAGGGAUCGAAGAGUCUUUCCGAAUGUAUUCCUGUCUGCGGUUAUGGUACAUACUCUCCAACUGGGCUUGUUCCUUGCUUAGAAUGUCCACGAAACAGUUACACUUCGGAACCUCCGUUAGGUGGAUUCAAAGAAUGUCACCCAUGUCCUCCCAAUGCAUUUACCUAUCAACCAGCUGCCCCUAGUAAAGAACUCUGUAGAGCUAAAUGUCCUCCUGGUCAUUAUUCGGAAACUGGAUUGGCACCUUGUGUUCCUUGUCCGAGUAAUUUCUAUCAGCCAUUGAGUGGUCAAACUAUCUGCCUGGAAUGUCCUUCCAGUAUGAGAACCAAAGGACCCGCGUCUGCUGGACGAGAAGAGUGUCAAAACGUUGUCUGUACUGAGAAUUCGUGUUUACAUGGAGGACUUUGUGUUCCAAUGGGUCAUACACCACAAUGUUUCUGCCCAGCUGGAUUUUCAGGAAGACGUUGCGAAAUUGAUAUCGAUGAAUGUGCCUCUCAACCUUGUUACAACGGUGGUUUAUGUAUUGAUUUACCUCAAGGAUACAGAUGUCAAUGUAAAAAUGGAUACAGCGGUAUUAACUGUCAAGAAGAAAAAUCUGACUGUCGAAAUGACACAUGCCCCCAGAGAGCCAUGUGUAAAGAUGAACCAGGAGUUGGAAAUUUCACCUGUUUAUGCAGAAAUGGAUACACAGGAGAGAAUUGUGAUUUGACGGUGAAUCCUUGUACAGCUAAUGGAAAUCCUUGUAAAAAUGAAGCCAAAUGUAUCGCUCUAAAGCAAGGAAGAUACAAGUGUGACUGUCCUGCAGGAUGGGAAGGACAACAUUGCGACGAAAAUAUCGAUGAUUGUGCCGAACGUCCUUGUCUAUUGGGAGCUCUGUGUACAGAUUUAGUUAAUGAUUACAAGUGCACAUGUCCUCCUGGGUUUACUGGUAAACGAUGCGAAGUGAAAAUCGAUUUAUGUGCUGAAAGUCCUUGCGAAAAUGGCGUAUGUGUUGAUAAACUCUUUGCCAGACAAUGUGUUUGUCAUCCUGGCUGGACAGGACCAAACUGCGAAAUAAAUAUUGACGAAUGUGAAAAUAAUCCUUGCAUGAAUGGAGGCGAAUGUACCGAUUUGGUGAAUGAUUUCAAAUGCACAUGUGACGUAUACUAUACUGGAAAGAGAUGCCAACAUUUGAUCAAUGACUGUGCUUCACAUCCUUGUCAAAAUGGAGGAUCUUGUCUCGAUAUGUUGGAUGGUUUUGUAUGUAGUUGCAGACCAGGAUUUGUUGGUAUACAAUGUGAGGCUGAAAUCGAUGAAUGUUUGAGCGAUCCAUGCAGUCCAGAAGGUACAGAGAGAUGUUUAGAUUUAGAUAAUAAAUUCAAAUGUGUGUGCCAUCCUGGAUAUAGUGGAGAACUCUGCGAUGAAAAUAUCGACGAUUGUUCUUCCAAACCUUGCAUGAAUAAUGGUAAAUGUGUCGACGAAGUGAAUAAAUACACUUGCAAGUGCCCACCUGGAUGGACAGGAGGCAACUGUGAAAUAGACAUUAGUUCAUGUCAAAGCAAGCCAUGUCUCAAUGAUGCUCGUUGUAUUAAUCUAUUCCAAGAUUACUUCUGUGUAUGUCCUUCUGGAACUGAUGGCAAACAAUGUGAAACAGCUCCCGAACGGUGUAUUGGAAAUCCCUGUAUGCAUGGAGGCAAAUGCCAAGAUUUUGGUUCAGGCCUCAACUGUACCUGCUCUUCUGACUACGCCGGAGUCGGUUGUCAAUACGAAUUCGAUGCUUGUCAAGCUAACGUUUGUCAAAAUGGAGCUACUUGUGUUGACAACGGUGCUGGUUACAACUGCAUAUGUCCAGCUGGAUUCACCGGCAAGAACUGCGAAGAAGAUAUUAUCGACUGUAAAGAAAACUCGUGUCCUCCUACUGCCACUUGUAUCGAUUUAACUGACAAAUUCUACUGCCAAUGUCCUUUCAAUUUGACUGGCGAAGACUGCCGAAAACCAAUUCAAGUCGAUUAUGAUUUGAGUUUCCCUGAAGCCGACUAUAGUUCUGUUGCUUUAUCGGUGCCCUUCAGAUUUGAAGGAAAUAGGCAGAGUUUAACCAUUGCCAUGUGGGUUCAGUUCUCUCGUCGCGAUGAAGAUGGCAUUUUCUUCACACUCUAUAAUGUUGGAACUGGUCAUCUUGUCAACAAUCGUCGCGUUUUGGUGCAAGCUCAUUCCAGUGGAGUUCAAGUCUCUCUAUUCCCUGAAAUCCAAGAUGUUUUCUUAGGAUUCCACGAAUAUGCAACUAUCAAUGAUGGUCAAUGGCAUCAUGUAGCUAUCGUCUGGCAUCAAGGUGUAUUGACAUUGAUUACAGAAGGUUUGAUUGCUAGUAAAACAGAAGGAUAUGGAACAGGAAAGAAAUUACCUGAAUUUGGUUGGGUUGUGUUGGGAAAACCGCAGCCAGACAGUGUAAAAUCGUAUACAGAAUUAGGUUUCGAAGGUCAUUUGAGCAAAGUUCAAAUUUGGGGCAGAGCUCUUGAUUUCACCAAUGAAAUUCAAAAACAAGUGAGAGAUUGCAGAACAGAACCAGUAUUAUAUCCAGGAUUAGUAUUAACGUGGGCAGGAUACGAUGACAUUCAAGGAGGAGUAGAACGAAUUGUUCCAUCACAAUGCAGUCAACAUAUCUGUCCUGCUGGUUAUACCGGACCUCAGUGCGACCAAAUGAUUCAAGAUAAGAUACCACCCAAAGUUGAAUACUGCCCAGGCGAUCUGUGGGUUAUUACCAAGAAUGGCUCUGCUAUUGUGGUUUGGGACGAGCCAAAAUUCAGCGACAACGUCGGUGUAGUCAGAAUCGAAGAAAAAAGUGGCCAUCAUCCGGGCCAGAUACUAAUGUGGGGAAAUUAUCACGUCGUUUAUGUGGCAUUCGACGCAUUAGGAAAUACAGCAACGUGCUCUUUCAAAAUUUACGUAUUGGCUGAAUUCUGUCCACCUUUGGCUGAUCCUAUUGGGGGUACGCAAAACUGCAAAGACUGGGGAUAUGGUGGUCAAUUCAAGGUUUGCGAUAUUAAAUGUAACGUUGGAUUAAGCUUCUCCGAACAAGUUCCUAAAUUCUAUACGUGCGGAGCCGAAGGAUUCUGGCGUCCUACCACCAAUCCUAAUUUGCCUCUGGUGUAUCCUGCUUGUUCUCAAUCGAAACCUGCCCAAAGGGUAUUCAAGGUUGGUAUGAAGUUCCCUACGUCAGUAUUAUGUAAUGAUGCUGGACAAGGUGUUCUAAGGCAGAAAGUUCGAGCUGCGAUCAAUGCUCUAAAUAGGGAAUGGAACUUCUGUUCUUAUUCGCUGAAAGGUACCAGAGAAUGUAAAGAUUUGAACAUCGAAGUGAAAUGUGAACACCGUUCAACACGAUCUGCCAUCGACUCUGGACAAUCUUACCAAGUUUCAACUUCGUUACCAGUCCGAAGGGAAAAACGUCAAACUGGUGAUACUUAUGGUAUCCAUAUAUCUUUCCCCGCAAUGAACGAUCCUGUUCUGAAUUUGAAUUCGAAUCAGCGUUCCAGUGUACAAACUUUACUGGAAAAAUUAAUUCUAGAAGAAGAUCAAUUCGACGUACACGACAUAUUACCAAACACAGUACCAGAUCCAGCAUCGUUAACCUUAGACUCAGAUUACGCUUGUCCUGCCGGUGAAAUUGUGAUGGCUCCUGAUUGUGUGCCCUGUUCUGUCGGAACAUAUUACGAUAAAGAUGAAGAGAAAUGUAUACCUUGUCCCACCGGUACAUACCAAAGUGAAACAGGUCAAAUGCAAUGUACGGUUUGUCCAACAAUUGCUGGCCGACCUGGAGUUACCAUUGAUAUCGGAGCUCGCAGCGCUUCUCAAUGUAAAGAACGCUGUCCUCCUGGUAAAUAUUACGACGAUGAGGCUGGAUUAUGCCGCAGCUGUGGACAUGGAUUCUUCCAACCAAACGAAGGCAGUUUCAAAUGUCUACUCUGUGGAUUGGGUAAAACAACCAGAACAACCGAAGCUGUUUCGCAAGAAGAAUGUAGAGACGAAUGUGCCAGUGGUAUGCAAUUGGCCUUACAAGGCGAUUGCGAACCUUGUCCUAGAGGAACUUAUAGAACCCAAGGUGUUGAAUCAGCUUGUCAAAGCUGUCCUGUUGGCAGGACUACACCUAAAACUGGAGCUAACACCGUUGAAGAAUGUUCAUUACCUAUCUGUACUCCUGGUACCUUCUUGAACGGCACUCUAAACUCUUGCGUACCAUGUAAAAAAGGAACGUAUCAACCAAACGCUCAACAAACCAGUUGUGUACCAUGUCCUCCAAAUACCAGUACCAAAGGAAUCUCAUCAACUAAUAAAUCAGAUUGCUGGAAUCCUUGCGAAACCAGAUCAUCAGAAAUCCACUGUGAUAAAAACGCUCAUUGUUUGCUCAUACCUGAUACCAGCGAGUUCAAGUGCGAAUGUAAACCCGGUUUCAACGGUACUGGCACUUACUGCAACGAUUUAUGCGAAGGUUUUUGCGAAAAUAAGGGUACUUGCGUUAAGGACAUUCGAGGAAAUCCGAGCUGCCGAUGCGUUGGAUCUUUCAUCGGUACUCAUUGCGAAGAUAAAUCAGAUUUCGCUUAUAUAGCCGGAGGCAUCGCCGCUAUAGUCAUAUUUUUAAUUAUUAUCGCCCUGUUUGUAUGGAUGAUUUGUGCAAGAUCUGAGCCUAGAAAAGAACCGAAGAAAUUAAUCGCUCAGACGAACGAUCAAACUGGUUCUCAAGUCAAUUUCUAUUACGGAGCUGCUCCUUAUGCCGAAUCCAUUGCUCCGUCUCACCAUUCAACUUAUGCUCAUUAUUACGAUGACGAAGAGGAUGGCUGGGAAAUGCCUAAUUAUUAUAAUGAAACUUAUAUGAAAGAAACGCUGCAUAGCGGAAAAAUGAAUAACAGUGUCGCCAGUAUUUAUGGUAAUAAAGAUGAUCUAUACGAUCGAUUGAAACGUCACGCUUACCCAGGAAAAAAAGAUAAAAGCGACAGCGAAAGUGACCAUUGAUGAAGAUAGUGUAUAAAUACAAUUUGAAGUCAUUUUAUUGAUUUUUUUUUUAAUUUGUAUAUUUUUAUGAUUACCUUCGUGCUCAUAUUUUAUAUUUAAUCAUUUUUAUAUACUUAAGCUUUUGAUAAGUUUUUUGUUUUGUUUUUUCUUUUUUUUUCGUUUUUUUUCAAUUUUUUUUUCUUUUUUAAAGUAGUGUCCACCUUUUAAAAAGUAUUAUUAGAUUAUAGAAAUGAAUUUAUUGAUUAGAGAUGUUUUCUUUUCGAGAAAUAUUGUUCCAAAAUUAGAGUAGGUACUAAAUUACGAAUGUACAACGACGUAAAAUAUUAAUCGAAUCAGCUUUAGUUUAUUUUAUUAGUAAUAAUUUUUUCAUUAAGUCAGCAAUUCUGGCUCGUUUGAACGUUCUGAAAUACUAAAUUGUUCAAUCAGUUUUAUUGAGUCAAAAUUGCUGGUACUAAAGACUUUUAGAUUUUAUUUAUUUUCAAUUUAAUAUCGUGAAUUUCUCACGAUAUUUUAUGUGUACUUAAUUUUAAUAAUUUGUACAUAGAAUUAUUCUUUUUUUUUUUACUCCUACGCUUGUGAUAAAUAUUGAUUUGACCAAAAAAUCAACUUAGUGUUCUUUCAAAUUGCUUUUUGAAGAAAAAAAAACCAAUCACUAGGUAUGUAGGUAGAUUCUAAUGAUGCAUUCGCAUUAUUGAUUGGUUUUUUAAAAAAACGUGAAUUUUGUACUAUUGAUUUGAUAAUAAUAUAAGUUCUACUUAAUAUUAGAACAAAAUUUUACUACAGUUUCAUUACUGCUGUUGAAGCUAAUUUUAUUUUAGCUUCCUUUUUUGUUUAUUAUAUUAUCUGUGUGAGAUUUGUAUGGCGACUUUUUUACAUGCAUUUUUUUUACUCAUUUUUUAAAUUUUAUUUUAUUAUUGAUGUGUAUUUCAUUUAUACGUACAUAUGAAUAUCGCGAUAAUUUCGUUUUUUAUUUCAAUAUUUUUAUUUAUUUUUCAACGACGCGAAUUUUUACUUGCGUUAUUGUAAUUUUUAUUUUUAAUUUAAUUAUGUUUCCAUUUUUUAAAAUUUUUAUUACGAUUUUUUUUAAACAAAAAGUUUUAUUUGUUAUAUUGUACCAAGUGAAAAAUGAUACCGCCAUUUGUUGGAAAAAACAAAAUACUGGAAACCGAAAAAAAAAUGUUUUUGUUGUAAGAUGUGAUUAUGAUUAAUUUUUUGAAUAAUAUUUUUGUUGUGUUUGAAGCAACGUUAUGAAUUGUUUUUUCAUCACUCCGAUCAUAAUUUAUUAUCAUUAACGAAUAAUUAUGUAGUUUCCUUUGUUUACAGUAUUUUGUCUUUUUUAACAAAAUCGGUUGUACCAAAAAAUUAAAUAUUCGAAAAUA